AUAGUUAGUACAAUUAUUAAUAAAUCAUAGAUAAAUACUUAUUAUAUUUUGUAUGUGUGAAGUAGCCAAAAUAUCCAUUCCAAAGAAUCAAAUUCCGAGACAUAACACGUUUAUGAGUAAGUUCCUCGCAUAUUCCAAUCCCACUAUCUUUCAAAGCAACCUCUCUCCACCAUUGGAUAUGAUGACGGUGGCCCGUCUCUUUUUACAUUUUAAUUAAGAAAGGUCACUCUUCCGUGAAUACAUAUCUAAUCUCAAGCAUGUGAAUACGGAUGAUGCUUUCUAUUUUAGAUGAUUAAAACCAGGAAAUAAGGUAUCAUGUAACUUGUAACUGCACGGUUCAUGCCAUUGUUGGUAGGAAUGCAUACAUAUACAAUAUCAAAACAUAUAGCUUUUCAAAUGGGUCACAUAUUUACCAAAGUUAAUGUAUUGACUGAUCCAUCACAUUGUUUACAUUUUGCAAGAAAGAUUUUACUGACGGCCGGUUUAAAGUUAAGUCCGGACCGAACAAAUCGUACCACUACCGCGCUACUUCAAAGUUAAAACACCGAACAUAAGGGUUUACACACGUGGGAAUAAAAUAUCUGUCACAAACCAAAACAGUUCCACGUGGGAUGCCUACGCAAACUUACUGACACGUGUUUGUAUAUAAUUGGUUUAACGGAUUACAACAUGGUUCGGAUCCGAAAUUCCGAUAGAUCCCGGAUCGAUUUCUUCUGCCCUAAAGAAAGACCUACGUCGUUGGUUUGAAGCUUCGGUUCGAAUGUCGUCUUCUUGAUGGAUUCGCCUUGAUCAUCCUCCCAAGUACUCCUAAAUCACUCUAGAGAAGAACCGAGUACCGCCCGGAAGACAGAUCAAUGGCAUAUAUCAAGGAGCGUGUAACACACGCGCUAUAGAAGGAUCGAGUGGUGGAAUAAAGAGUUUGCAAUUACUGUUAACACAAGCGAGUUAAAAAAAAGGUACACAACCGACUGAGAUCGGAGAUCGAAACCUGUACCUGAGAGAAUCCUUGUCUUCUUCCUUCUCUUCUUACCCUAACCUUUAUUCUCACUCUCUCUCUUCCACUCUCCCUAACCUCCAUCUUGUCUUAUUCAUUGCUUCUUCUCUCCGCCACCUAGAGAUCUCACCAGAGUCCGAUCCCAAUCAAGAUCUCAACCUCCACCUCUCUCAAACCUUCUAACUCUGAUCCCUAAAAAAAAGACUCCAUAGAUGCAACGAUGGGAGCUGAGAAGAAAUGGCUGUUCACACUCUUCUCCGUAGCCUUCCUCUCCGUCUUCCUCCUCUUGCUCUACUCUUUCUCCGCUUUCACCUCUAACCCUUUCCCUUCCCCUAUCCGCCACGGUCCUCACUACCCGCCAUCUUUCGCUUAUUACAUAACCGGCGGUCGUGGUGACGGUGACCGGAUCUUCCGGUUGCUCCUCGCGGUUUAUCACCCUAGGAACCGGUACCUUCUCCAUCUGGGAGCUGAAGCUACUGACGCCGAGAGGGUAGCGCUUCUCUCCGACUUGAAAUCUGUGCCUGCUGUGAGUGCCUUUGGGAACGUUGAUGUGUUGGGGAAGGUUCAUCGUCUCUCCGAGAAUGGCGCGUCUAAGGUUGCUGAUACUCUUCACGCCGUGUCGAUCUUGCUGAAGCUUGGUCGUUCUUGGAACUGGUUUAUUGAGCUGAGUGCCUUGGAUUAUCCCCUGAUGACUCAAGACGACCUGUCUCAUGUGUUUGCCUCGGUGAAUAGAAGCGUCAACUUCAUUGAUCAUACUAGUGAUCUUGCUUGGAAAGAAUCUCAGAGAAUCAAGCCUAUUGUUGUGGAUCCAGCACUUUACUUGGCCAGAAGAACACAGCUCUUCACUGCCACCGAGAAACGACCAACACCAGAUGCUUUCAAAGUCUUUACAGGCUCGCCGUGGAUCGUACUGAGCAGAUCUUUCCUUGAAUACAGCAUCUUCGGUUGGGACAAUCUACCAAGAAUCCUCCUCAUGUAUUUCAACAACGUCAUCCUCUCCGAAGAAUGCUACUUCCACACGGUCAUCUGCAACGCCCCCGAGUUCAUUAACACGACGGUCAACGCUGACUUACGCUACAUGAUAUGGGACAGCCCUCCGAAGAUGGAGCCACACUUCCUCACCACACCGGAUUUCGAUCAGAUGGCUUCAAGCGGAGCGGCUUUCGCCCGGCAGUUCAAGAAGGACGAUCCGGUCCUCGACAAGGUCGAUAGAGAGAUCUUGAAACGGGGACGGUACAGGGUGACCCCUGGAGCUUGGUGCGCGAGCCAUAGUAGCUGGUGGACUGAUCCUUGCUCGGAGUGGGAUGAUGUCAACGUGGUGAAAGCUGGUCCUCAGGCUAAGAAGCUGGAAGAGACGAUAACGAAUUUUCUUGAUGAUUUGAAUUCACAGACAAAUCAAUGCAAGUGAAGAAGAAUGGUGGGAUUGUCUGAAAUCAUUACACACGGGACACGACACAGGAUUACAUUUGUUUUAUGUCUGAAAGGUUAAUUCUUUGGAAAAUAGUGGGGCUGUAUUUAUACGAGGAGAAGAGAAAGGAGAGAUUUCUUCUCUUUUUCCCAUGAUUUUGCAAUUCCUUUUGUUAAGGCAUGUGUCGUUUUCCACCUUUGUU